AUGACAUGUCAAGAAGCGGUCAUGCCUGGUGCCCGCUGCCCAGUGUCUCGGAAUCGACUGAAAUAGUAAAAACUAAGAGUAAGCGGUAUAUGCGUGGCGAUGAGUUGUUGGUGCAUUCCUGCCAUCGGGAUAUUCCAAUUUCUUCAAUGUGUUCAUAUGUCUGAGUUAUGCAACCCAAGGUUAUAGAUCAGAAACAUGACCCAGUCAGCGCUCACUCUAUUAAACAAACAAACAAACAAACAAACAAACAAAAACCACCAAAAUGUCAUCCACCACCACAUCCGUCUCCUCCACAUCAACCGCCUGCGCCGGCAAUAGCUGGGUCCUCCCAACCCAAGACUCCGCCUGUGGCCUCAUAAACCACAACAACGCCACCUCCAUAAUGGACAAAUGCUGCACGCCCGCCUCCGUCGAGAAAACAGACGGUGACUGCAGCCUCUACUGUCUCGCGCAGGAACAAUCCGUCGGCGACCUCACGAAAUGUCUUACGGAUAACGGGGCGGGCUUUGAGGAUGUGUUUUGUAAUAAUAAGGAGAAUGCGACUGCGACGGCUAGUGUGACGGGGGAGGCGACGAGGACGGGUACUUCGGGGUCGAGUUCGGGGACGAGUACGGAGAGUGGGAUGGCGAGUUCGGCUAGGGUUUCGAAGUCGGGAUUGGGGGUUUUGGGGGUUGUUUUGGGAUCUGUUAUUCUUGGGGCUUUCUAGGUUUGAGGCCUGUUUGUGUUUUGAAGUUGAGAAGGAAGGUUGG